AUGAAAACAGAAUCAGAUAAUGAAAUAGAAACUUUAUAAACUAUGUGGAAAAACAUUAAGUAUUAUAAUAAUCAAAUUUUAGGUAACGUAUGGAAUCAAAACAUGAUGAUUCAGAUAUCAUGUAAUAACCUCCAUAAUAAAUUACAAUCAAUAGCCCAUAUGCUGCUAAAAAUUAUUAAGUGUAAAUUCAAGCUUUACAAGAUGAAUUAUUUCAAAAGAAUACUAAAUUAAUAACAGCUUAAUAAUAAUUGAAUUAAAUUAGUGAUGAAAACUCUUAAUUGUAAGAUGAAUUAGAAUAAGUCAAAAUUGAAUAUUCGUUAAUGAAAUAGAAAUUGGAAUUAAUCGAAUCAUAAAUAGAUUCAAUUCAAGCAGAUAAAGAGAGCUUAAAAUUAAUUAGAUUAGAGAAUGAAUAGUUAAGAAUUGAUGUAAAAAAAUUACUUGAAUUAUUAAGAAAAACAAAAGAAUAUAAUAAUAUAGGUUUUGAUGAAACAUAAUCUUAUGUUAAAGGAAGUAUAAAAUUUGACACAAGAAAAUCUAAAUUAGAUGAAUUGUAAAUAUUUAUAUAUCAUAUUCAUAGCAAUUGGGUACCAACUAAAUGUAUUGAAUUAAUGUAAGACAAUGAUAAUAAGGAAGAAAUCUUAUUACAAUUAAGUAAUUUAUUUUACAAUAACUAUAAUGAAAAAAUUAAUAAAUUGAAGUAGUCUUCUCAAUAAGAAAUUGAAUAAUUAAAAAGGUAAUUAGAUAGCAGAACUACAGUUGAUGGAAUGCAAUAAUAAAAAUAAAUAGAAAGGUUAAAGAAAUAAAAAAAUGGAACUGGUAAAGAUAAAGUGGAUAUUUCUUAACUUUAAGAUUGUUUUAAUUUGAUAAAAUAGAAGGAAUUAUAGAUCAUAGAACUUUAGUAAAGAAUAUAAGAAAUGUAAUAAUAAAUGAAUGCAGAUGAAAAUUAUAGUAGUAUGAAAAAAUAAGUCUUUAUUGAAGGAGCUUAAUGGAUAUGUAUAAAAUAAUUUGAUUAUUAAAGUGGCUAAAAUAUUGGAUGAAGUAGUUGCUUAUGAAAUAAGUUUGAAUGAAUUAAAUUAUGAUGUAGCAAUAAAAAUAGAGAGUCUAAUGAGUUCAGAGGAUAUUGUUUAAUAACAAAUUAUAAAUAAAGUCUAUUAUUGGAUUACAGACACUUCAAGAGAACUGAUUGACACUUUUAAAGAUAAAUUACAAUCCAUAAUGAAUACAACGAAUAGUAGGAUAUAAUAGUUAUGA